AUGGACCAAUCACAAUCGCUCAAUGCUCCACCAUUCUUUGAUGGGAGCAACUAUGCAUUUUGGAAAGUCUGCAUGAGGGCUUUCUUUUGUGCUAUAGAUGAGUCGGUAUGGGACUCUGUCGAGAAUAGGAUAUCGCAUGUGAAGACAGCCAAGGAAGCUUGGAUGAUUCUUAAGACUACUUAUGAGGAUACCAAGAAAGUUAAGGACAUGAAGCUCCAAAUGCUUACCACUAGAUUUGAAGAGCUCAAGAUGGGUGACGAUGAGUCUUUCGAUUCAUUCUAUGGGAAGCUCAAUGAAAUCGUCACAGCUAUAGAGGAAAGUAAGGAUUUGGAUGAGAUCAAAAUCCAAGAACUCAUUGGAUCUUUCCAAACAUAUGAGCUGGGACUGCCUUCUCACAAAACGAGCAAAUCUCUUGCUCUCAAAACCAUCACCGAAAGAAUGGAUGACUCCUUCGAAGAAGAUGAUGUGGAGAAGGAGGUAGCAUUCAUUGCAAACAACUUCCGAAAAUUUCUGAAGAUGAAAAAUAGUGGGAAGCCAUUUAGCAAAGGAAGGUUUUCAUCCUCCAAAGGUGAUAGGAAGGAGUUCAAGAAGAAAGAUGGAAAGGAGUUUCAAUCCCCUCAAGGAAUUGUGUGUUAUAAAUGCAAUGGCCAUGGACAUCUCAAGAAGGAGUGUCCCAACUAUUUGAGAGGGAAGGGUAAAGUGUUUGCCACUACCCUUAGUGAUUCUGACAGGUCAAAUUCAGACACAGAAGGAGAAUGUGACAGUGAAGGAAACUACAGAGCCUUCAUGACAAUUGCCUUCAUUGAUUCAAAGAAUGAUUUGAGCAAUUUGGUUGAUGAACUUGGGGAGAUCAACCUUCAAGAAGCAUAUGAUUCUCUGCUGGAAGAUUGUGGCAAAUAUGCCAAAAUUGCGAACCUUGCUGUGAAAAAGAUGAAAAAGGUUGAGGAAGAGCAUAGGUGUAUACUUGUGCAACACAAGGAAGCAAAGUGUGAAGUAGAAAGACUCAAAGGAGAGUUGGUUGAAGCUUACUCUAAGAUCAAGUUUCUUGAACUUGAAAUUAUUCAAGCUAAUGUCAAGGUUGAGCGCAUCUCCACCAAGAAACUUAACAACGUGGUGUCCUCUCAAAAAUCUUCUCAUGAUAAGACCGGUUUGGGCUAA